AAAAGGUGUUAUGCGGCGCGUCGUGGAGCUAGCGGCGGCGGCUGCCCCGCGCGCGUGCGUCACCGCCGCCCUGCUGCUCACCUGCAUCGGUGGCGACGCCCUCGGCAGGUCGCCGUGGGUGGUCGAGCGGCCCGCGCGGCGGGCGGCCGUGGACAGCGCGACCCACGGCGCGGUGGCCCUGCUCGCGUGGACAGUGGCGGCGGCGAGCGGCGACGGGUGGAGGAACGCGGGGAGGCUGGCGGCGCAGGCGGUAUCCUGCUGCCUGCUGGCGGUGCUGAUAGACCUCGACCAUUUCUGGAUGGCUGGGUCUCUCUCGCUGAAGAGUGCGCUGUCAUUGCCGACGCGGCCGCCGCUGCACGCGACCACGGCGAUCCCCGCCGUGGUGCUGCUGCUGCAUCUCUGCAUCCGGCUAACGAACGCCGCCUCUCUGCACAGCCUCCCUCUCCUCGUCGCCGUCGCCUGGACAACGCAUCACGUGCGCGACGCGACGCGCCGGGGCUUCUGGCUGUGGCCGCUCGGCAGCACGCCGCCGCUUCCCUACUGGCUCUACGUUGCCACGGAGAUCUGCAUCCCGUACGGCAUUCUCGUCGUCAGGACGACGCUGCGCUGUGAGGUUGAGAGUGCUAACCGGGCAAGCAUCGUAUAGGAUGCAAAUUCGUGUUGACACCAGAGCUGGAUAGUUGCUGUGUUGCAGAGACCUGAGGGUCGGACAUUGAAUGCAGGUCGUAUGGUACAUUUUCCUGAAUGUGCGAACCAGUGUGGGACGACUUUGGGUUGUUCGUGGCCACGUCAUUUUCGGAAUUUCGGUGACCAUCCUCGAAGAUCCGAGAACGAGGAAAUUCGCAGAAACAUCGGAAAGCGCUUUGUUUCUCAACGGAAAGUUCUAGAUGGAGAUUCAGCUGAGUGUCUUCCCAGCUUGGAGUGCAGCACUUGUUUCCAACUUGGAAAAGAAGCUCAGCAUCUUCUUGAUUCGUAGGGCUUCUAGCGUGCCACCAAUCGUUAGUGAUAAUAUAUAUAUAAUUAUCAGAUAACCCCUGUUGGUUUGCGUUGAGAAUUCAUGCAGAAUAGGGACCACAAAUUUGAUUUAAUGCUUUUAUUGUCUCGGAACAGGAUACUUUUAGAUUUGUCUGAUUCGAAAUAUAGUUUAUCGUUUGAUAUGAUUUGGAGGUGUAGUUGUGUUACAUUCCGCGUGCUGCGUGUACAUGCAUGAAUGUAACUGUGCAAGUAGUUGCGAUGGUGAUAAUAAGACAUACGUGAUAAUCGUCUUGAUAAUGUAUGAUCGUACGAUUCAUUCUAGAGUCAGUGAGGAUGUGAGAGUUGUGCCCUGUGUGGGUGUGUUAAUAUCAGGAGUCUAUCAAUAUUGAUAUCAAUAUUGAUAGACUCCUGUAAAUAUGCCAUCUACACUCGCAUCAUUGGCGUGUGCUUGUUCACUCGUGAUCAUUGUAUUGCUACAUGUGUUACAUGCAUCGUGCUUGCAGAUAUCACGAUGAAAUGCACUAUGCUGGUGCUAUUCGCUGUAGACUUUUAAACUCUUAAACGUAAAUGUCUAAGAGUUUGACUAUGUCUACGCUUAUCAUCCCCACGACAACCACAUUGAAAUAAUUGAAUAAACGUGACCAAGUCUAAAAAUAUGUAGCUGUGGCUACACAUGGUGUAAGAAUUUGUUUUGCUGUAAACAAUAAAUUUGUUCAGUGCUGUUGA